AGAUGUUUCCAGAGCUCACUCAAGUAUAAAGAGACAGGGGGGAUACCUCCACAGUUAUUACAUGACACAAUGAUUAUCACACUUAUUAGAAUCUUUAUAUAUGUCCCGCUUGGAUUGGCUCUGCGCGUGUCUCAGCCUUACCGAGCGGUCGGGAAAGAGGGAGAAGUCCCUCUCCGCUGCUCCUUCACCUCAAAUGUACAGCCUCAGGAAAUGCAGGUGUCUCUGUACAGAGGUUUGCACGGCCGCGAGAGGAUCUGCAGAGCUUACGUGAACGUCUCCGAGCCGCGCUUCACGACAGACGGCUCGGUCAACUGCAGAGGGAAUAUCAGCCCUGGAAGAGUAGACAUGAUCGUGUCUGGCCUGCGAGGGAACGACACGGACUUCUAUCGCUGCGCGAUCGAGAUUUUCUUCCCGCCUCCCUAUCUCAGGACCAUCGGGAACGGCACUGUUGUUGACAUGCAAGAAACUCCAAACUGUCCCACUGCAUCCACCCAGAGCCAGAUUCAGAGCCAGACUUCAGAACAGGAAUCUGUCGAAUAUGAUGUGGGCCCACUUCCUCUGCUGUAUGCCAUCCUGAUCAUCACCUCCUGCAGUUUAAUUCUACAGAUGUUUGCCUGCAAAUGGAGGACCUCUGCAUCCACGGCACCUAUGCUUUCACAAAAAGAGCGCUAUAUGAAAUUCUAAGGGGGGUAACAUCUCCGUCUGCAUGUACUCGCAUGCAUUUUAACCUGCAUGUACUCACAUGUCAUUUUCUCCUGCAUGUAUUUUCAUGUAAUUUUAACCUGCAUGUAUUGACAUGUACUAACAUGAAUUCUCACUUGCAUGUAUUCACAUGUAUUUACACAACACCACUGUCUUUAUUUUGUUUUAUUCAUUUUUUUUUUUACAAAGAAUUAAACAUUAUUUACAUUUUAA